AUUUUCUUCGUACUCGGAGCCGUAGGUAUCGUACUAGUUAGCUUUUAUCUAUUUGACCUCUAGUUGUACCCGAAUAACUUGAUACUACGCUGUUGACGCUUUUAUUCAUCCAGUUCUUUUUUAACAAUUAAUGGUAAUUAAUUAAUUAGCUGUACACGAAGUGUAAAAAAGACAUUACAAUCAUGGGUCGUAAAUUUGUUGUUGGUGGUAACUGGAAGAUGAAUGGUGACAAAAAUCAAAUAAAUGAGAUUAUUAAUAAUCUAAAGAAAGGUCCAUUGGAUCCAAAUGUAGAGGUAAUUAUUGGAGUUCCAGCAAUAUAUUUAAGUUAUGUACAAAGCAUUGUACCAGAUAAUAUUAAUGUGGCUGCUCAGAACUGUUGGAAAGUCGCCAAAGGGGCAUUUACAGGUGAGAUUUCUCCAGCAAUGAUCAAAGAUGUUGGCGCUUCCUGGGUGAUCCUAGGACAUUCUGAAAGAAGGACAAUAUUUGGAGAAAAGGAUGAUCUCAUUGCUGAAAAGGUAGCUCAUGCACUCGAGUCUGGCCUGAAGGUUAUUGCCUGUAUUGGAGAAACUCUGGAAGAAAGAGAAUCAGGAAAAACUGAAGAAGUUGUGUUCAGGCAAACCAAGGCUCUUUUGCCAGCUAUCGGUAACAAUUGGGAUAAAGUUGUACUAGCCUAUGAGCCAGUUUGGGCAAUUGGCACUGGAAAAACUGCAUCUCCAGCACAGGCUCAAGAGGUGCACGCAUCUCUGCGCAACUGGCUGGCAAAGAAUGCUUCCCAAGAAGUGGCUGAUUCUGUCCGCAUUCAGUAUGGUGGAUCAGUAACAGGCUCCAGCUGUAAGGAACUUGGAGCUUGUCCAGAUAUCGACGGGUUCUUAGUUGGUGGGGCGAGCUUAAAGCCAGAGUUUGUUGAAAUAAUCAAUGCUACCAGUUAAGUUAGUAAAAAAAGUACAAAAUAGUCGUUACAAUAUUAAAUUAAAGAUGUAUGUUUUAAAUUAUUUAUUAUGAUUGUAUUUACGGUUGUAUUCUUUCACUGCUAGCCCUAGAAAGAAGCGGAGUCAAUUAUGCUUUACACCUAUUGGCUCUUUUAAACAAAUAAUCUGUGUACAAUCCUCAGGACGUGUUGUCUCGCCAAAAUCUGGCACGAGACUGACAAACGCGAGACAACACGUCGUGAGGAUGCCCCGUCUAGAGGCGAAAGACGUGUCGAAUUGUUUUAAAAACAAAUAUUGGCGGAAUUAACACUAAAGAAAACUUAAACCAUUUGUAUAAUUAUGGAUUUCCGCAAAGUAACGCCUAAUUCAAUAAAAUAAUCUGUGUUUAACAGCUCAGUCGUAUUUUAGCAAUUAAUGUGUUUGUUAUGCGAUAGGUUUUAGUUUUCUUUGUUUAAAAACAUUACCACUGCCGCUUGAGAGUAUACCGGAUUGUAUAUUACGUAACAUUUAAAAUAAAUACAAUAUACUCAAGUUUAGUUGAAUAGUGAAAAUAUUAUGUUUUAAAUUUACAAGCUUUUUUCUAAAUAAACGUAUAAAUUGA